AGACGUUGUCAUUGGUCAGACAGCCACUGACAAAAACUGUGGGAGGUUCCCGGAAAAUCGCUUAGCGGAAGGGAAGGCCAGCCAGACCCCAAGAAGCAGAAGACAGCCGCUGCGGAUGAGGCCAACGAAACAAGUCAUCUCCCACUAGUGAGGUGUCGUCUUCCUCCAGGAAAGCUACCUGCAUGACCUUAGCUCACCUGUUUACCUCAGCUUCACCAUCCUUCUGCAAAGAGCCUAAGCUUUCACUCAGUCAUCCUCCCCUCCCCCCCUCCCACUCACACACACACACACACACACACACACGGUCUUUUUUUCCCCUAAUUUCCACGCUGCAAUAUGGCAGGGAGAGGUGGACCGGCACGGACCAACGGCACCGCUGCUAGCAACAAGAUCUGUCAGUUCAAGCUAGUGCUGCUGGGAGAAUCGGCUGUAGGGAAGUCCAGCCUGGUGCUGCGCUUUGUCAAGGGCCAGUUUCACGAGUACCAAGAGAGCACCAUUGGAGCUGCCUUCCUCACACAGACGGUAUGCUUGGACGACACAACAGUCAAGUUUGAGAUCUGGGAUACCGCAGGACAAGAACGGUACCACAGCUUGGCACCCAUGUACUACAGAGGAGCCCAGGCCGCCAUUGUGGUCUUCGACAUCACCAACACAGAUACAUUCACACGUGCAAAGAACUGGGUGAAGGAGCUCCAGCGACAAGCCAGCCCCAACAUCGUUAUUGCACUGGCGGGAAACAAAGCCGACCUGGCCAACAAGAGAGCCGUAGACUUCCAGGAAGCACAAGCAUACGCAGACGACAACAGCUUGCUCUUCAUGGAAACCUCAGCCAAGACCGCAAUGAAUGUUAAUGAGAUUUUUAUGGCUAUAGCCAAGAAACUGCCGAAGAACGAGCCUCAAGGCGGAGCGGGACCAGGCGGACGGGCCAGAGGCGGCGUGGACCUGCAGGAAACUGCUCCACAGGGCCGGAGCAGCCAGUGUUGUGGGGGUGGGAACUAACUAACUCAACUAAUCGGCUGAUCCGACCAAUUUACAGCUUCGAUCAAUCCCACCAGAUAUUAGCCAGCUGUAAAAAAAAAAAACGUCGCCCCGUUGGUCAAACCAGACCACCAAAAGACCAACUUCUCCUCUCAGCACCAAUUAACUGUUUGGAAGAAAACGAGCAUACUGGCCAGUAGAUCGCCAGAUCCCACUGAUGGUUCCAGCUUCAUGAACCUGCCAAUGAAAAUACCAAGAAAUCAACCCACAGGCUUAUUCGCAGAAUCAUGUUUUUCCAGCCCUGGACUCACCAAUCCACGGCCUCUCUUUUGACGAUGGACACGCGCCGUCACCUUGGAGGGAAAAAAAAAACAAAAUCCCGUUCUUGGAAGGAAAACAAACAGAAGUCAUUACCCACUGCUCCCAGGAGAGCUAUUUUGUCUGCUGUUCUGUGUUCGUAUAGAGGAAAAAAUAAUUAAUGGAAAAGGAAGGAAAUUUUUCAGGUUCUUUAACCCUAUCCUCGUGCUACAAGGACUCACUUUCCAAGUGCAUCGUAAAUGUUUCCAUCAUGGUCUUAACUUAAAGCAAGGUGCAUGCAGAGUCUUUUAGGGAUUGGGUCAGGAGGUUUUCACCAGUGGAAGGAAUGGGCAGAUUUCCUAUAGAGCUGAGCUGUGUAGAUUGAAUGAUUAAUGUUAUAUCUCUAUUGUUAGUUUUUCUUUUGGCACAGGCUGGUCAGUAUGAUUUUGAAACCUUAUCCUUCUAUGGUUUUACAAUCAUUUGUUAUCGGAACAUAUACAGUAAAUGCCACUUUAUUAACAAUUUCACCCGUAUGUAAUUUUUAGCAUUAAUGUAAUGUUUUUGAAUUAUCAGUGUAAAAUGGGAGAUGUGUAAAGAUUUUUUUUUUGUUUGUUUUGUUUUUCUUGACCAAAAUCACAACUGCAUUUAAAAACAUAUUUCUGUAUUUGUAACAGACCUUUGAAGUUUGUAAUCAAUCUGUAGUUGCUGUCAAAAAAAGAAUGCUUCCCAAUCUGUUUGUAUUCUGUUGACAUUUUUUUUUUUUUUCAUGUCUUAACUUCUUUUUUUCCUCUGGAGAUUCAUGGUAUUAAAUGCACUGGUUCUGUCUCAUCAGCUUUGUGGAUUGAGAUAUUGUCCUCUGCUUCUCUCGUUUAAAGGAGGGAUUGGUUUUGAGUAGUCUUGUCAUCCUGCUGUGGCAUCAACACCUAGCACACCAGAACAGCGCUCACUGCUGUAAAGUGGGAGGAUAACGGGUAGCAUGGAUGUGUAGAGAAGGUGGAAAGAAAAUGUAAUUUUACAAAUAAAAGAGCGGAAGGUA